AUGGAGUCGAAGAAACAUUCAUACCACCCCGUUUCAUCAUCUGAUGACGUCUCAUAUUCGACCACAAACGACGAUGAACGAGCUAUACUUCAGUUGCAACGAAGCCGUUCAAGAUGGAUUCCAAGUCCUCUUCUGGCGUCUAUUGUUGUCCUCAAUCUCUUGGUUACAGCACUUAUCGUCAUUGCACUUACGCGAAAGCCAACGGACCAGCAAUGCACUAAGCAACUCUCAGUAUAUUCUCCUGCUAUCGAAGCUGUCGAGUACAUAGAGUAUGACUUUGCAGCCGAAUUCAACUCCACCAACGCCUAUCGUGGACCACCAACACCAGAGCGGGAAGAAGCUUGGUACAAUUUAACAUACAAACAUGCAGUAGAAAUCCCAGCAGACAAAAUCCUCGGUCUCAACCGCUCCGAAUCCGACAACCUCAAACACGUUCCUGAAGAAGUGGGAACGGGCUAUGUAGCCAUUCUAGAAGUCUUCCACCAACUUCACUGCCUCAACAUGAUAAGAAUGUUCACUUGGUACCAAUCUGGAAAAUACCCGGGCGUCCCAGACGGGCUUACAGAAAGUGAACUUAAAAAUCGCAUGCACGUCGAUCAUUGCAUUGAUGCAUUAAGACUCGCUAUUCAGUGCUUCGGCGAUGUCACACCCGUGUUCAUUCGCUUAGGUGGUCAUGCUGGGGCCAAGGCGGAUUUCAAUAGUCAUCAUAAGUGUAGGAAUUUUGACAGAAUUGAGGGGUGGAUUGAUGAGAAUUGGAGUGUUAACUGA